AUGAAAUAUGUUGAGGACUUUAUGAACAAAUUUCUUACUUACGAAAGUCAUUACUCAAGACGUUAUACGACAAAAAAGUAUUUACACCAGGAUUUAAACAUAACAUUAUUAUACAACCUGUACAAAGAAGAUGUUGCAAAGAAAAACAGUGAGAUUAAAAAUUGUGAGGACGAAUAUAAGAAAGAAAACUUAAAAGAAGAAUUGAAUGCACACCAGAAGAAAGCAGAAUUACAUUAUAGUGCAAAAAGAGCAGAUAAAGAAUUAAGUAAAGAUAGAUGA